AUGCUAUGCUAUGCCGAUAAAAAUGUGCAGGCGCCGGAUCGAGCCUGCGACCGAGGCUCCCACGCGGUGAUGGAGCUAGCGUGCGCAACGAAGCGGUCUGCGCCGAUGCUCAGGGGCGCGUUGCGCGACCCCAGCUGCAGUGCAGUGCGGUACGGUGCGCCUACGCGGACAACGUUGGACAAGCACUGCACACUUCAGUGCGCGUCAAAUUGCGUCGUUCAGUGCACGUUAAAUUGCGCGUUGAAUUGCACGUUUAAUUGCAUGUCGAGUUGUGUGGUGGGUUGCGCGUUAAAACGCGCGAGUCGGCACAUGUCAAAUUGCGCAGUGCGGUGCGGCCAAUGUUUAUCGAUUUGCGCGUUCAAUCGUGGUGCUGUGCGGUGCGGUGCAGUGCGGUGCGGCGCGUGUGGCGCAGUGUGGCGCGGUGCGGUGCAAUGCGGUGCGGUGCGGUGCGGCACGGACACCGAAGCGGUGCACAGCGAUGCUCGGGGGCGCAUUGCGCGGGCCCAGGCGUGGAGCGGUGCAGUCCGGGACGACGCGGUGUGGUGCGGUGCGGUGCGGUGCGGUGCGGUACGGUGCGGUGCGCGCUCCCGAAUGAAAAAAAAGGCAAAAACGCAGGGGCGCCGGGAUCGAGCCGGCGACUGCGGCUCCAACACGGUGGCAGAGUUAGCACGGUGA